CCAGACGCCCGAGGAGCUGGGCUUCACAAGCGAUGGCGACGUCGAUCCAGCCCAGCAGCAGGUGUCGAUGAUGAGUGAGGAGCACUGCCUCGACCUCGGAGCCAAAGGAUUCCCGCUGCCCGUAUUCAAGAUGCUCCAUGCAGUAGACUGGAGCGCCCAGAAGUACCUCGAGCAGAUCCAGAGCGUGGGGUACGUCGAGGACGCCCUGCAGAUGACGGGCCCGGCGGACGCCAUCAUGAAGGCCGACUGCAUGAAGGAAGGCAAGGGCAGGCUGAAGCACAUCUUCGUGGGCGACUCCCAGAUGCUGUCCCUCCGCAACGCGCUCCACCGCCUGAACAAGUGCCCCGAGAUCUGGUGGGACGCCAACGCCACGGACGCCCGCCCGGGCCGCAAGGCGGCGGCCGCCUCCGUCGGCCGCCGGCACUCCGGCACGCGGCAGGCCCCCGAGAGCGCCGUGGAUGGCUGCGGCGAGGAGGGUAUCGCAUCGUACAUCUACUGGGACGCUUGGGUCCGGAGGGACGUCCCUGUGGAGGAUAUCCGGCGUGAGAUCGAGGUCCUUGACCUGGAGCCGAAGCGGGGCGACACCGUGGUCGUGUGGGUGGGCUCGAACUUCAUCAGCGCUGCGCGCCGCACGGGCGUCCUCUUCGACACGAUCGACAAGAUGCACGAGAUGGGUGUGCAUCUCGUGUGGGACUCGCCGACUUUCCACGACAUCGCCCUCAUGGCCGCAGGGUCUCCUCGCGAUGAGGGUCGCGACCCAACAAACUCGUUGCCCAUCUCGUACUCCACCAUGAGCAGGAGGAAGACGCAGGGCACACUGGGCUCCAACCAGUUCAAGUCCGAGAAGGCCCUGCUCAAGUCGGGGGUCGAGAUCCCGAUGACGAAGCGCUGGCAGCUGACGAAUCGCUACCGUGGUCUCCAGUGCGACGGGAUGCACACGGACAUGCGUGCCAGGGACCCGCUGUUCUACAACGAGGAGUGCCCGCGGGGCAGGCAGCUGUACGGCGUGAGCGGCAGCGGCUGCAACUGGGUGGAGCCCUUCCGGGCCGGCCUGGAAGACCUGUGCCCGCUGGCCACGGGCGUCGACGACCUCGUGCUCCAGAGCGGCCUCUACGCCGUGUGCGCCGCCCACGAGCGCCCGUUCUGCUACCAGCACACCGAGGCGAUCCGCUGAGCGCGGCGGCGCGCAGCCUCG